AUGGGACCAGAUCAACAAAAUUUGCAGGAUGAGCUCCUAAAUGGGAACUAUGACUUGACAUUUGUAGCUGGUGGUGCGGCUAUGAAUACAAUAAGAAUGCUGCAAUGGAUGGUGAACGAUCCUAGGAAGCUCCAGUGCUAUUGUCUUGGAAGUGUGGGACAGGAUGCCGGAGCGGAAUGCCUGCGAGAACUCAUGGAAAAAACUGGGGUGAUUACGCAUUUUCAAGUGCAGAAAAAUUCCCCAACAGGCAUUUGCAUGGCUCUUGUCAACCGAUCGAAUCGUUCCCUCGUCACCUCCCUUGGAGCCGCUGCAGAAUUUACUCCAGAGUUCCUCCUUGAAAAUAAGUCCUGGAAAAUGGUUGAGUCAGCGAAGAUAUACUAUUUAAGCGGAUACUUCGUUGCCAUAAGCAUGAAUAGUGUGGAAAUUUUACUUGAACACAUACAAUCAACAAAUAAAGUCCUGUGUCUCAACUUGGCUUCCCCAUUCGUUUCUCGUAUCCACUACAAGAAAAUCGAUACCCUAAUCCCUUGUGCGGAUUUUAUUUUUGGAACUGUGGAGGAGGCUCAAGUUUUUGCCGAAGCCAAGAAUCUGGAUGAUUGUAGUGCGAUUGGCGCUGCUAUGUAUGCUGCAACACUUCAAAGCUAUCUUGGAAGUAAUCGAAGUCGGUUAAUUAUCCUCACUGAUGGACCUAGAUCGAUAAUGGCCGUGUCUUCGAAGGAUUUGAAGGUUCGUACCUUCAACGUUGAUCCAAUACCCUCUGACGAAUUUGUCGACACGAAUGGGGCAGGUGAUGGCUUUGCUGCAGGAUUUCUUGCAAGUUAUCUUGUAGAAAAGGAUCUAGAUAAGGCUAUUCAAAGUGGGAAGAAGGCCGCCGCCUAUAUAAUUCGUAGAUCAGGGUUUUCUUUGGGUGAUCGUGACGAUUUCUAG